UAAACGCAACAGCCGCUAACGCUCAGCUGCUCGGCUACAAUUUACAAAGAGUACUUUGUUGUUGUUCAUAUUUCACACAAGUCAGGUGACUUGAGAAAAAAUAUUAAAAUAAUUAAGAAAUAAACAUGGGCACCGGCAAGAAGAACUAUGUAGCACCCGAGUGGUUGACUGUGGAAUUUCUACAGGAUGUUCUAAAGGAACACUUCAAGGAGGAGCAGCUGACAGUAAGUGAUUUGCUGGUUAAGAGCGCCAAUGUGGGCGAUGUAGUCGUUGGAUUUGCCAGUGAAAUGCAUCGGGCGUGCUUCAAUCUCACCCGUGGCACAGUGAAGAGUAAGUUCUCGGUGUUUGUCAAGGACCAUCCCAAGGGACAGACGGGUGCCAUUGCACUGCGUAGUAAGCUGUUCAAGCGUGAAAUUUUAGCCUACAAAGAGGUGUUGCCCCGUGUGCAAGCGCUGCUCGAGUCCAUUGGCGAUAAGACCCAAAUUGCGCCCACGUGCUAUUACACGACGGAGAGUCCGGAACCGUUCCUCAUAUUGGAGGACAUGCAACUGAGUGGCUUCGAGAACUUUGAACGGGGGCGUCUGCUCAAUUUGGACUACGUGUUGCCCACCAUCGAAAAGUUGGCCAAGUUGCAUGCCUGCAGUGCUGUGAUUGCUCAACAGAACCCCGAAGUGCUGGAGUUCUUCAAUGAGGCACCAAUUUCACGCAAUCCCGAUCGACGUGACUUCCUCAGCUUCUUCCCCGUCAACAUUCGUUGCGUGGCCGAAGAAAUUGCCCACUGGAAGGGCUUUGAGGAAAUCACCGAAAAGAUGUUUAAGCUGGCCGAAAAUGUGCUCCAGAGUGCCGUCACCAUGUACGAGGAACAGCAGAAGGGCUUCAAGGUCUUUAACAUGGCAGACAUUUGGAUCAACAAUCUGAUGUUUCACAUUAACAACGAGACUAAGGAACCCGAUAAUGUUGUUGCUUUGGACUUCCAGUUGGCAUAUGUGGGUUCGCCAGCUGUCGAUCUCAACUAUUUCCUCUUUGGCUCCCUCAACGAAAAUGUGCGCAAGGUUCACUACAAGUAUAUUAUUCGAGAGUAUCAUCAAGUACUGCAGAAAACUCUUGAUAAGUUGAAGUACGAGGGACACAUUCCAACGCUUAAAGAGAUCCACAUCGAUGUGAUCAAUAACAGCCUAAUUAGUGUCAUUGGAGCCACAUGCCUUACGCCUCUUAUAUUCAGGGAAGAAGCUGGCUUCGACAAUCUUGAGGAUUUGAAUUCUCGCACCGAGAACGGCGAUCGUUUCCGACGUGAAAAUGUUGAGAAUCCCAAGUAUCGAGCAUUUUUACAACGAACCGUCAAGGAGUUUGAACUGUCUGGCUUUUUGGAUACGUAAAUGAUGAUUUAAAUCGUUGAGCAACAUUUGAACAAACGCGAGGGCUUCCAUACACAUAACAUACAAAUUAGUAUUACAGAUUAAAAAAUUUCGUAUAUGUUAUGUUCACCGCUGUAAAUGAGCAUUCUGUAAGUUAAAAGAUACCAAAUGCAUUAAACAUGAAUUUGUUGAAUCUAGAAAAUAUAUAUUAUACAUUGUCCAAUG